AAACACAAACGCAUCAGCCGACAGUCAAGAGCGCGGUUGCCUGUUCAUCCGAAUUCAAACCACCUGCCCUAUCGAUCGAUUUCGGCCGGGCGGGAGCGCCGUUGAGUGGCUGAGAGGCCUGCAGGGGUUCGAGUGGAUCUUCAUGCUCUCUGUCAGCAGGACCUCAUGGACGACGGACAGUGGCAGAGCGACGGCCCAGUGAGGCGGGGAGGAGUAACCGACCCCGACCUCCUAAAUGACUCUGACUCCAGCCGCAGCCCAGACGAAAACCAGAACCGACUGGUGGAGGAAGCAGAGGAGGUCGAACAGGGUCCCCGUGGUGGACAGAGGCCCCUCCGACAAGAUAAUACUAAUAACAACGGUGAUGACGAAGAUUAUGAUAGCUCCAAGGUAGAGGACGAGGAAGACGAGGAGGAGGAAGAGGUGGAUAGUAACAGUGGCGCAUACUCUCCAGAGCUGGAUGGACACAUCCGAGACUCACCAACACCCAGCCCCAGUCCCACAGUGUCAGAGGGGCUUGUGAGCCCUGAAGGGACGCCUCACGGUGAUGCUGGAUCACCCCAGGGCUUCGCUCGCUCCCUGGUGGCGUCUCUCCAGGAGCUGGGGGAGCAGGGAGACCACCCUCUUCUGCCACAGUGCCUCCAUCAGAUUGCAGAGUCAUAUGUGCGUGAGGAGGACUAUGAGAGAGCAGUCAGGUUCAUACAGUUAGAGAGACUCUAUCACGAACGUCUGCUGUCUAACCUCGCCGCCCAACAGCAGCAGUGGGAGAGGAGAUGGAGUUUGGUUGGCCAGUGUCAGGACGGUCCAGAAGACAGAGACAGUGACCUGGAUGCUGAACACCUGGAGAAACUGAGACACAUCUGCAGAACGCACAGACAACCUGCAUGGAGCGUUGAGAAAUGUGAGCUGUCCAAAGUGCAAAGGAACAGUGUGAUCAGAGAAACACAGGGAGGAGAGCAAAACCUGAACACGCAAGAGCUUUCAUGCAGCUCAGGGAAGGCUAUGGAGGAUCAGAGUGCAUGUGAGGCACAACAGGAAGUCAUCCAGCCUGACGAUCGUAGCAGCACUGCCCCAAUUGACAUUCUGGAAAAUGAGUGCUGUCAUCACUUAGAUCCUGUCUCUGAGCAGCACAGCGACCUGCAUGUGUUUAUGACCACAGAGGUAGCAGAGAACAGUCAACAGUGGAGUCCUGCAUUAUUGAUCCACAGUGGUUCAGAAAUCCCACAAUCCCUCCAGAGCGAACAGCAGCAUGACCCCUCCCCCUCCUCGGCAGUGACAGACAGCUCCUCCUCUCCAGCCUGUGAGGAUGCAGGAGCAGAAGAGGAGAGCGGGAGUGUGGCAGCUUCCCACAGGGAUGCCGCACCAGAUCCCCAGUCACCAAUGGACGCUGCUCAACCCCACAACGCAGAGGCCCAGCCGCCUCAGACGGACACUGAUGGCCCCGGAGUGGUGAUGGAGGGAACAGGGGAUGCUGUGGAUACGGGGCAGGAUGAGGUGGAGCCCGUCCCACACACUAAGCAGGUUCCUCUGGAGCAGGACGUUCCAGAGAAAACACUAGAGUUGGAGCUAGAGGAGAACGGGAACGGAGUGGAGUCGCUGGAUAUUAUGAAUGUGUCCAUGCUGGAUGACAUGGCCAAACGCAUACAGGUGGAAGAGAUCACUCCAGCUGCUGGUCUUGUGUCUAUCUUGAAGAGAAGAGUCUCUCUGGAAGGAGCCAACAGCUCUGUCCCUGCCGCCCCUAAACCGGUCUCUAAACGGAAGGUCCGUUUCCGAGAGCCUGACGAGGGCCUGGACCAUGAUGAGGUGGGCGGAGACUCCUGGCUGCUCCUCCUCUUGUUGUGCUUGGCUACCGUGGUGAUCAGUGUGGGCGGGACUGCGCUCUACUGCACUUUCGGAGACGCCCAGUCCAGUGUGUGCACAGACUUUUCCCAUAACAUGGACUUCUACAUAGGACAGGUGCAGAGGGGCAUGGAUGAAGUCAAACACUGGCUGUCCCUGAGCUCAUAGCAGGACGGGACGACUUGUUUUCUUCUCCGUUUCUUCUUCUCAGUAGCCUCCGUGAUCUUUAAUGCUGAGAUCUCCUCAUACAAAGGCCUUUGCUGGGUCACGCUGUCACGGAUGAAGCCCAAACGAGCCCGUCUGUCAGGUCCUAAAGGGGACGUCCGGCCCCAGGAAGGCACAGCAAACCUCUUUGGCCAGUUUUUGACUCAAGUAGCCCACUGUUUACUGCCGUCAACUGAACCUCAUAUGACUUCAUUUUUAAAGUCUUCAAUUUAAAAUCUUAAUACUUGGUUGACAGAGUUGUGUCUUUUAUUUAUUUGAAAAUUGAAUGACCAUCAUGGUACUGAAGAUAAUAAUGGACAUAAUCAUCUGUAGCCUGGACGUAGCAUUUUCCUGUGGUGGGUUUGGACUUAUGGAAAGAUGUUUAUAGGGACAGGAAAGCAAUACAUGUAUAUUGAGGAGCUAUAGAUAUAGAUAUAUAGAUACAGUCAGCAGAGAGGCAAAGUCUUGGUUAUCAUAGUUAUCCAUUUAUUAAUAUAGGAAAACAAAAAUAAUUUUUCGGUAGAUUCAGCAACAUUGUCAUUAUUAAAAAGUUAAAUCACUGAAGAUAAUCAAUAUAUUUUCUUUUAAAAAAUCUGUCAGAUUCUGUACAUGCAGUUGACAGUGUUGUGUACCAUCCAUC